ACGAAGUCGGUAUUGCUAAAAGAGAUAAGUUUAAAGGGAUUGGAAAAAAUUAUAUAUAUUUAGAGCUACACCCAACCACGGUUAAACAACUGGAAUUAAAGCCAGAUACAGAUGUUGAAAUGGAGAUCCAAUUUCAGAUGAAUCGGGGUACAUUCUGUAGAAUGCACUAUUCUGUCGAUAGAUUAAGUGAUGUUGAUAUUGUAUUUCCAAAUCUCUCUAAGUUAAAUGUUUUGAAUUGGAAUGAACAUGAACGAGAUAUUAAGAGAUCUCAGAAUGCCGUGGAAACAUUAAUGGAAGGUGAAGUGACACCGUUAACAGAACAAAUAGCUUUGGGAAAAACGCCCAAAAAGAUAGAAAACUAUACAGAUGUCGAUGCUCUUUUGUCGAUGAAGAUACAUGGUAAUGCAUUAAAACCACAAAAUGAUGUACAGUUGCAAGUUACAGAAUAUACGUUAAGUAAUCCCUUCACGUUGAUCCAAGGUCCACCUGGAACCGGUAAAACAGUCACAGGGGCUUACUUGGCCUUCUAUUUCGUUACACGAAAUAAAUCAAGAUCUGGUCAUCGCAAAGAUCAGGUUUUAUACUGUGGUCCAUCAAAUAAAUCAGUGGACGUGGUGGUGGAUAAACUGCUUAAUCUGGGAACAAGUUGUCCAAAUAUUAUAAGAGUAUAUAGUAACAGGAUCGAAAAUAUGGAAUAUCCCCUUCCUCGAGAUUCGGUUCCAACCAAAAAACGAUCCUCGGCAGAGGUUUCCAAAGUUCAAGCAAUAAGAGACAGGGCUCUACAUCAUCUGAUCAGAGCUCCUGGUAAUUCACACAGUGAAGAAAUCAAAGAUUUUGAUCGUUUGUUCCAACCAUCCAGUCCAGAUGACGUAGAUGAAUUAGUGGAUGAGUAUAUUAAAAUUAAAAGCUCUGAUAAGAUUUAUAAAGAAGAUUUAAUAAGAACUAUGACUGACGAAUUAAAAGAACAAUACAAACGCGACGUGAUCAAUUUCAAGAAAGAAGAAUUAAAGAAAAACAUAAACGAUGAAGUAAUAACUGUAUAUAAAAGGGUAAUAAAUAUGGCUAAAAUAGAAGAACUACAGAAAGCUGAUAUUAUUCUUAGCACAUGUUUUGCAAUUGGUGGUAUUAAAACAAAACGACAUCUACAUAUAAAACAGAUUAUUAUAGAUGAAUCAGGUAUGUGUACAGAACCAGAGACAAUGAUUCCACUAACCACAUUUGAUGCUAGUAAUAUAGUACUGAUAGGUGACCAUAAACAACUACAACCAAUCUUAUCUGAACAGAAAGCUAAACAGUUGGGUCUACAGACCUCUUUAUUUGAGAGAUAUGCCAGACAAGCACUCAUGUUGGAAAUACAAUAUCGCAUGCAUGAAGGUAUAAUGGAGUUCCCUUCAAACAUGUUUUAUGAUGGUAAAUUAAGAACUGGAACAAAGCGACAGAGAACAAAAGCUGAGUUAGAUAUUUGGCCGAAUGGAAGACGCCAUCCAACAGUUUUAUGUCAUACAGAGGGAGAGGAAGACACAUUAACUGUCUCUACAGAAGAUGGAUCGGAACAGUCCAAAAGCAAUCAGAAAGAAGUUGAUUAUGUAGUUAGUGUGGCUGUGAAUUUAGUAGAAAAGUGGAAACGUAAGAGUCAAAAUAUUGCAAUACUUUCUCAGUACAGAGCGCAAUGCUCUGCUAUAAAAGCUGCUAUGAAGGACUUUGGAUUACCAGAAAUACACGUGUCAACCGUAGUAGCCAGUCAAGGUAGUGAAUGGGAAUAUGUUAUCUUCUCUACCGUAAGAUCUUUACCAAUAGAUAUGUUAGAAAAUUAUCCAUCCCGGUCGUGGAUCAGAAACAAUCUGGGUUUUAUAACUGAUGAUCACCAACUAAAUGUAGCCAUUACACGAGCUAAACAGGGUCUUAUUAUUAUUGGUAAUAAACAUUUAUUGAAAUGUGACUCAACAUGGCAGAAAUUAACAGAGCAUUAUGAAGAGAGAGGACUUGUAGUUGAUGCUGAAGAUUAUCCUCUGUGUAGAAGAUGAUAGUAAAAUAUAUUUCGUCCAUUCCAAAUUAUAAUAUUAUGCAACAUGAUUUAUGUGACGUGAAGAAUUUAAUAUAUUUUUAUUAUGAAUCUAGAUUGUUAUAUUUACCAGAAUGUAUUAUAUUACAUGUAUUACAGUUUGUUUCACUUUAACCAUUUUCCUGUUGCCUUAAAGGAGCUAAACCUGUAACUCAAUAUUUUCCAUAAUACUCAAAAUUAAACACACGUAUUAGAAUUCAAUAUGGGCCCAUUUCAAUCAAUAUUGAUGGUGCUAUCUUACCGUGAAAAUAUGGAAAUAUAAUAUCUAAUAUUCAAUACAUAAUGAACAUUUUUGUCCCCCGCCUUUCGAAGAAAGCAGGGGACUGUUAAAAUGGGUUCGUCCGCCUGUCUGUCCGUCCGUUCGUCGGUCUGUCUGUCCGUCACACUUUUUGAGACACAAUAACUCUUUUUCUAAUUGAGCAAGAAUGUUGAAACUUGGUAUAGGUGUUUAUUGGGUCAAUACCUUGAUGGAGUUCGGGGAUGAGUAUUUUCUGCUUAGGGUAAGCAGAGGUAAGCAAUUUGAUUGGUUGGUGCUUUGGGACACGAUAACUUUAGUUCUAAUUAAGUGAGAGUGAGGACACUUGGUGUAUAGUUUUAUUACAUCAAGACCUUGACUAAGUUACAUAAUAAGCAUUGUCUGCUUAGGGUAAGCGGAGCGAUAAACAAUUUGAUUGGUCGAGACUUUAGAACACGAUAACUCUCCUAAUUGAGGUAGAAUGUACAAACUUGGUGUGGGCGUUCAUUCGGUCAAUGCCUUGAUGGAGGUCGAUGAUAAAUAUUGUCUGCUUACGGUAAGCAGAGAUAAGCAAUCUGAUUGGUUGAUGCUUUGGGGCGCGAUAACUUUGGUUUUAAUUAAGUGAGAGAGUGAUGAAACUGAGUAUAGAUUCAUUAUAUCAUUACCUUGACUAAGUUUGAUGAUGAGAAAUUUCUGCUUAGGCUAAGGAUCGAUAAGCAAUUUAAUUGGUCAAGACUUUGGAACGUAACAACUCUGCUUUUAAUUGAGGUAGAAGGUUUAAACUUGAUGUAGACGUUCAUUGGGUGAAUGUCUUGACUGAGUUCAGUGAUUAACAUUUCGAGCUAAAGCUAAGCAGAGCUAAGCAAUUUCAUUGAUCGGUGCUUUGGGACAAGAUAACUUUGAUUCUAUCUGAUAGAGAGUGGUGAAACUUAGUGUAUAGGUGAUAAUCUGUUUGAUUGCUUGAUACUUUUGAAAAAAAAAAAGAAUGUGCGAUUAAUGAAUAUGUGUCAUCGAUUUAUUAUGGGAUUUCGGCGGGGGACACCAGCCUCACUGUUGGCUUGUUAUUCAUUAUUUUGGAAGGAUUCUGUUCGUAAACAUUUAUAUAAAUUAAAUUUCGACAAGUUUACUUCUGUGUAUUUCAUGUUGUUAUUUUGUAGACUGGAUAUAUAUUCCGUUUUUUAUUUCUUUUUAUAACUGAAACUGGAUGCAAUUAAUGUCUAUUUACUAUAUUUGUAAUGAAACUUUUGUGAUAUGUC